GAAAACAAUCUUCUUUUUUUCUCUUUUUUUUUCUUUUUUUCUUUUAUUCAUUCAUUGUGUCACUAUGGACGAAUUAGUAUUGCAAACAUUUCGUUGGAUGUUUUGGUCUCCUUUGGUUAAAGAUGAUGUCUUUUUGGCACCUUCAUCACCCUCUUCUCAGCAUGAUUUUAUCAUGAUUCUAAAUGAACCUCCAUCUUCCUCAACAACGAUACCAACUCCUUGUUUGUCGCCCGUGACUUCCCCUUCCGACUUUCUGUGCGACAGUGAGCCUUUAUUUGAAGGUUUGUUAUUAACAGAUGUCGAGGAGGAGGAUGUAUUACCUUCUACACCUUGCUCCAUAGAAGAAGAAGAUGUACCAUCUGAACCUGUUGAAAACAAACGUAAAAGAAAAUCCAAUGGUCUUUUUUUGCCUUCAAAAAAGGCCAAGUGUCGAACUGUAUUUGAGCGUCUAACAGAAUCUGGUAUUGAUUGGUGCCGGUAUUGCGGUACAACUGAGGGAGUGAACUGGAGACCGGGACCUUGGGGGAAGCGGACUUUAUGCAAUAAACAUGGAUGCGAUUACAAAGGGUAUGGCUUGGCGAGUCGAUUACCAAGACUUGAUUUAUCUGCCUAUACUACUGAAAAACUGUCGGAUCGUCGGCGCCCUAUUGUCCAACAAUUCUGUACUGUCUGUCAAUCUCCUGAACUAUCCACAAAAGACAAACUUAUCCCUUGUCAAGGUGGUUGUUCUCGUGCAUAUCAUCAACAUUGCUAUCACAGCACCAUUGACUUGAGUUCGCCAUGGUAUUGUACUGAUCAAUGUCAAAAGAACAAACACAACAAUUUGAUUGCGGUUGAUCUGCCACGAAAAUACCUGCCAUUAAUGCGCCCACAAAAACCAAAGCAUGCUUGAUCCAGCCUUGUAUAUUUUGAUCCAUUAUAUUUCUCCUUCCAUGUACAAACAUUUAACCAUUUAUAUCCAUCUGAAAUUCCCCUUCUUGUUAAGAAAUGAUAGACGAUAAUAAAAAAUGACCGAAAGUAUUUACUUUUAGACCAUCUA